AUGUCUCUCAAGGCAAAUGACGAUUUGGCCACGGCCGAGUCCGCCGUCAUGGACAACUCGAUUGACGCGGCAGUCGAGCGCCGAGUUGUCAGGAAGCUGGACAAGCAUUUCCUGUCCCUGUUGUGGUUUCUGUUCCUUCUCGCUUUUCUGGAUCGCUCCAACAUCGGCAACGCGCGCGUCGCCGGCAUGGACAAGGACCUGUCGCUCAGCAGCGACCAGUACCAGUGGCUCCUCACCGUCUUCUACAUCUUCUACAUCCUCGCCGAGCCGCUCACGCUCAUGUACAAGAUCGUCUCGCCGCGGACGUGGGUGCCGCUGCUCGUGCUCGGCUGGGGCGUCGCCGCCACCGCGCAGGCCGCGACGCGGUCCUUUGGCGGCAUGAUGGCGUGCCGCGCCCUGCUCGCCACCUUUGAGGCCGGCUACGGGCCCGGCACCAUCUACCUGCUCUCCUUCUUCUACCUCCGCCGCGAAAUCGGCCUGCGCAUCGGCCUCUUCUUCUCCGCCGCGCCGCUCGCCACGUGCUUUGCCGGCGCCCUCGCGUAUGCCAUCACCUCUGGCCACGCUCGCCUGGCCAGUUGGCGGCUGCUCUUUCUCGUCGAGGGCAUUCCGGUGCUGGUCAUGGCGGCCGUGACGUAUCUUGUCAUGCCCAGCUCGCCGCACGACGCUUGGUUCUUCACCGGCGAGGAGAAGAAGGUGGCUUUGGCGCGCGGCGUGCGACAGGCUGGUCAGGAACCCCGUGUGGGCAAGAUUAGCUGGCGGGAAACGUUUUCGACGCUGCUGGAUCUCAAGGCUUGGAUGACAGCCGUCAUGUACUUUUCCUGCAAUGUGGCCUACGCCUCUCUGCCUGUUUUCCUACCCACCAUUCUGGAGGACCUAGGAUACUCUGGGCUAAACGCGCAAGGCCUUUCCGCGCCGCCCUACUUCAUCUCCUUCCUCGUCACCAUCUGCUCGACCUUUAUCGCCGACCGCACCCAGCAGCGCGGACUGACCGUCAUCACGCUGGCCCUCACGGCCAGCGCCGGCUACGUAAUGCUCGCGGCGGCGCGCAGCAACGCGGCGCGCUACGCCGGCGUGUACCUCGCUGCGCUCGGCCUGUUCCCGACCAUUGCCAACGUGCUGCCGUGGGUGCUGAGCAACCAGGGCAGCGACGAGCGCCGCGGCGCCGGCAUCGUGCUGCUCAACCUGGUCGGCCAGUGCGGGCCGCUGCUCGGCACCCGCCUGUACCCCGCGAGCGAGCGGCCGCACUACGCAAAGGGGCAUGCGAUAUGCGCUGCGUUUAUGGGCUUCACGGCGCUCUUGGCGCUGUGCCUACGCUGCUUUCUGGUGUGGGAGAAUCGGAAGCUGGCGCAGAGAUGCCCGCCGGUGGAAGACGCGGAUCGGGUAGAGGGCGAGGAGAACUAUGGGCCAUCGUUCCGAUACGGCUCCAUGCAGAUCCUGCUUGAGCUGAACCUUGUGCCGAUCAAAUCACGGACACGACAAAAGGGCCUGCAGUUUUCAGCUACAUAG